AUGUCAGGGAAAAAGAUUCUCCGAAGAUUCUCUUCAAGUAUUUCUGAGCACAAGUCGUUUAUCUACGCCGAGGCGAUUUGUGAGUUCUCUGGUUUACACGCCGACGAGCUCUCGUUCAACAAAGGAGAUCUCAUUUGGGUGACUGAUCGCGCCUCACAAGAAGGUCGUUGGAAAGGAAUCAUUUUCGGACAAAAGGGAAACUCGCGAGCUGGAUAUUUCAGUCCAUCCACUGUUCGGAUGAUCGAUCGACCGCCGGCAGUGAGGGGAAAGCCUGUUGAUUGUUGCAGAGAUGUCCAUCUGCCUUUUGACAUGAGGAAAGAGAGAGAUUGGUGGCCA